AUGCUCCGCAUAACCAGUGUUCAGCGUAAGAACCCUGUUAUCUUCAAGCAGGGACAGGGUAUGUUCUCGCACCAGCUUAAGCACCUGCUUCAGAAGAAGGCCAUUCACCGCUACAACUGGGAUCCACUGCCCAUGUAUGACCCGCGAAAACUUGUCCACGCCAGCCGCAGUAUCGACCCCGAGACAUGGGAAGAGCGCUACGAUCCGCACUGGGACGAACGCGCGCACCUGGUACCUGAUCAGGUGUAUUAUCACAUCCCCGUUCCUCCAGAAUACAAGGAUGCCUACUGGUGGAGAGAUCUCCAAGCACGACGUGUGCAGUGUCCUCUGGGAUGGGUUAGCCAUAGGAUGUACAAUAAGGGCGAUAGACAGCGCUACGAUUUUCAGGAUUUAUCAUUCCGCAAGAAGUUUGAGUACUCGUAUGAGGAUGUGGUAAAGAAUGCAAAGGAUAUGCGUAGUUGA